AUGAUCUUUGGCGAGCUACUGCCCGGGAACUACGCCAUGCUCCAGCCGCCCGAGGGACAAGAGCUUACCCAGGGACUCGAAGUGCGUGUCCGGUUGGGUGCAACGUGGAAGCAGAGUCUCACGGAGCUGAGUGGUGGACAGCGCUCUCUCAUCGCGCUCAGUCUCAUCAUGUCGCUUUUGCAAUUCAACCCGGCGCCUAUGUAUAUACUGGACGAGAUCGAUGCUGCUCUUGACCUGUCACAUACACAGCACAUCGGCCAUCUCUUUCGCACUCGCUUCAAGGGCUCGCAGUUCAUUGUUGUCUCGCUAAAAGAAGGUCUAUUUUCGAAUGCCAACGUGCUUUUCCGUGCUCGUUUCCGCGAUGGAACCAGUGUCGUGGAGCGGAUCGCCCAGAAAUCCUCCGACGUGCCCGACAAGGACUCUCGUGCCACCGCCUCGCGUCCUCUUUCGGCUCCUGCGAGACGCACAGCUAGCGGGACUAGAGGCACUGGUAGCACUGGCAGCGGUCGUUCACGUGGCACCACACCAAGUGGGACACCCGCCUGA